AGGCUUGAUAUCACACAUCACUAUGAAUACAUUUAAGAAAUAGAUACUCUAUGAGCCCAGUCUCUCCAGUGUCUCCAGUGUCUCCAGCGUCCCGUGGCCAGCAGAGGGCAACAGAUUACAUUAUCCUGAAGCAGUGGGGUAGGUCAACAUGAGUGAACGCUGUAGUAUUCAGAGGGAGCGGAUUACUUGAGAAAUGUGACUAUGAGGGCUCCACGGAACCUAACAGCAGAAGUGCACGCUUACUUCGUGCUUUUCAGUCGCGUGGAAACAGCGAGACCGAUGGAGGAGAACUAACAGGACUAUGAGGACGAGAAAUCGAGAGCAAACAGAGACACGAGACAAAGGAGAGCUCCGCUUCCAUAAAAACGCUCCAUAACGGAGCAAAUAAAGCACAACAACUGUUUUGACACUUAGGUUGCUGUGCGGUCAUCGACAUAUAAACCCGACAGACCGCUCCGAAACCGAGCCGACGUGGAUCAGCUGGGAAAGAAAACUGGCUGAAAUUCGCUGAUUUAACGCUACUUCUGUGAAAAUGGGGGAGCAGCCAGUAUUCAGCUUGAAGGCACACGUCUUCCAAAUUGACCCGGCCACUAAACGAAAUUGGAUUCCAGCCAGCAAACACGCCGUCACCGUCUCCUUCUUCUAUGAUGCCGGCAGGAGCGUGUAUCGCAUUAUCAGUGUAGGGGGCACUAAGGCGAUUAUCAACAGCACCAUUACACCUAAUAUGACCUUCACGAAAACGUCACAGAAGUUUGGCCAGUGGGCGGACAGUAGGGCCAACACAGUGUACGGCCUUGGGUUUGCCACUGAGCAGCAGCUUCAGCAGUUCUCAGAGCAGUUUAAAGAGUUUAAGGAGGCUGCACGACUCGUCCGGGAUAAAUCACAGGAGAAGUUUGAGCUGUUGAGUCCUGGCCUAAACAUCUCUUCUCCACAGCUGUCUCAGGUGCUGUCUGAGGACCGUCAGUCUCCUCCAGUGCUUGGUGUCAAUGGCUCCAGUGAGGACAAGUUGUUUCGCAGCAAGAGUGCUGAUAUGGAGGAAUCCACGGAGAAAGAACAGAUGAGGAAGAUGCUUUCUGAAGGGUCGAUAUGCGAGAGAAACUCAGAUGCUGAGCUGUUUUCUCUUCGGGACAGCAACACUAAGCUGGUAGCUGCUCUUCAUGAAGCUAACAGCAGCAUUGACCAAUGGAAAAAACUAUUAGCCGAGUAUCAGGAAGAAACAGAUCGCCUACGAGAGCAGGUCGCAGAGCUGGAGGCUCAGAGCGGGGUUUCUGCUUCCAGUGAGAUGGGCAGCGAGGAGCUAACACAGACUGUGGCAGAGAUGGAGGCUCUUAUCAGAGCUAAAGAUGAGGAAAUAAAGAUUCUGCGAAGCAAGAAACCAGAUUUAAGUGAGCUGGAGAAAGAAAGGGAAGAGGCCUGUCAAAGGAUGCAGGACCUGGAAGUGAAGAACUCUGAGUUGGAUAAACGAGUGCGAACAGCAGAGAGCGCUUUAGCUUCGUCCCAGGAUGCUCGGAGCAGGGCGGAGAGCGCGGUGCAGAAGGUCAUUGAAACUUUAGACGUCAAGAUCUACGACUUGAGCGACCUGCGGCAGAACCUAGCCAAGCUCCUGGAGAAAUGACCACUGCACUCAGACACACGUUAAUCAUGAGGUAGAAGAGAACUCGUUCAGUACUGGAAUCUUCCCAAGCUGCACAACUCAACGCUUCGUCACGGUACUAGGCUGCUAGUGAAAACUAGAGAGGUGAUGACUAGCAUGAAUUUAGGACACAUUCAUUCCACAUUCGCUUCCAGAGAGCCAUGGGUGUAACUUACCAGAUGUUUCUCGCACAGAAAAAGGAAAAUCAUAAACAGACUAGAACUUCUUUAGACCUGUUUAUUGGUACUAGAUAACAAUAUAGUUGAAAGUGUUAUAAAGAUCUGUGAUUUGGUUGUGACUAGUCUUCUAAUUAAAAUAAGACUUUCUGUGGAUACAAGCUACCGGUUGAUGUGUUUACCAGUAUUAUUGUUAGAUACAUAACUAGAACUGGCGAAUGAGAUUAUCUACUAUUUACGGACACCAGCACGUCUCUGUUAGGACGUUAAGUGAUGUAAAGGCUUAUAGUUUCUCUUAUAUGCCUUAGAACGUUUGCUUAAUGUAGGGCUUUGCAUUUGACAACCAGAGAAACAGGGAAAUCUAAGCACAAAGCACUAACAAAAGGUGAUAUUUCUCUUACUUCUCUUUUCCAUUAACUCAUUUAUUCAUUAUUUUAACUGGUCUGCUGCAGUCUAAAUAUGUAGGUAGUUAUAAAUCCAAUGCAUUCCUGCAAGGAUCAACUGUUUUGCAGAGUACUUUCAUUUAAUUGUCACUGUCAGAUUCCAUUAGCUCUGAAUGCAACAACCCUUAAGGAAAAACACUAUAGAAUUUUUUGUAGACCACUAUUGUGUGCAAAACCUCAGCAUGCAUCUUUAUACCAAGCUUUAAAGUAUAUACUUUUUCCUCUUUUUAAAACCUUUAACUUUCACUUUAACUAUUGGUUUCAUUUUACAUUGCUUGGACAUUUGCCCUAUAACCUUAAAGACAUUUGCACAUAUGCUAUUUUUCUAUUGUGUGCGUGUUGUUGUUGGUUUUAUAUGAAUUCCCAAUAAACAUAUUUGCUUCAUG